AUGACAACUGGUACCAAGCACAAACUUACGUCGUUAUUGACCGCCACUACUGAAUCGUCUCUAUCUUCAUUAUCUUCGAUUACUGAUAGCAGUAACAACAAGAAUGAAGUAUCUAACAAUCCUCUACAUCAAUAUAUCUCAGCCAAAGAGGUAGCACAUCAUCAAGUACGACGUUCGAUCAGUUCAACGAGCCGUGAGAGCGUAUCCAGUCUCACUGCUAAAGACACCAAGGCCUCCUUCAUGGGAUCGUCGAUAUCAACCUCUAGCAGUACCCGGUGCUCUUCACCGACCUCGUCACCUAUGACCGAGUCGAUUUUGAAGGUGGUACUCAUUGGGGAUUCGGGUGUAGGCAAAUCAAAUCUUGUCAUGCGAUUUACCAAGAACAAGUACAUGCCACACAGUUUACAAACCGUGGGCUUUGAAUUUGCAACCAAGACUAUUCGAGUCGGAGACCGACGACUUAAGGCACAGAUUUGGGACACUGCAGGGCAAGAACGGUUCCAGUCGCUGACUGCCGCCUACUAUCGUAAUGCAGUAGGCGCCAUGAUUGUGUACGACAUUACAAACCGCAGUUCGUUCGAGCAUGUCACAGGGUGGUUAGCACAGGUUCAGGAACAUUCACAUGAAAGUUUGGUAUUGAUCUUGGUGGGGAACAAAUGCGACCUUGCUCACUUGCCUGAGAGUAGAGAGGUGUCGACACUAGAAGCAGCAAGAUUUGCAGCAAAGCAUUCGAUGGAGUUUCUCGAGACGUCGGCUCUGGAUUCGACUAAUGUUGUUGAUGCUUUCAAAAAGUUGAUUGUGCCGGUGGGGCGUUUACUGUCUCCGUCUGAGCCAAAGAAAAUUGCACAGCUGCCCCCAGGAUGGCGGCGUGUUUUAUCAAGAACCAGGCCAGGUGAAUACUCGUAUGAGAACCAGUAUACCAAGGAGCGGAUCUCAUUUGCUCCAAAAGAACCGGCGAAGCCUUCUCAGCAGAGAUUUCGAGCGCCAGCUAGUGGGUCGAAAAGCGGACCAGCGAGUGUCGUCACCGUCACACGCGAGAGCCUCCAAAGACAGCAUCAAAAGGCGUAUCUCGCACAGAACCAGACACCACAGUGUGGUAUUUGUGCAAGUAAUUGCACUAUAUUGUAG